AUGACUCAUACACUUUUGCUGUACUACUUGGUGUUUCUUUUGCCCACAGAGUCCUGUAGGACAUUGUAUCAGGCUGCCAGCAAAAGCAAGGAGAAGGUGCCUGCCAGGCCACACGGUGUAUGCGAUGGCGUCUGUACAGACAACUCCCAGUGUACUCAACCUUGCCCUCCAGACACUCAGGGAAAUAUGGGGUUUUCAUGCAGGAAAAAGACAUGGCACAAGAUCACUGACACCUGCCGGACUCUUAAUGCCCUCAAUAUCUUUGAGGAGGAUUCACAUUUGGUUCAGCCAUUUGAAGACAAUAUAAAAAUAAGUGUAUAUACUGGAAAGUCUGAGACCAUAACAGAUAUAUUGCUACAAAAGUGUCCCACAGAUUUGUCUUGUGUAAUUAGAAACAUUCAGCAGUCUCCCCGGAUACCAGGAAACAUUGCUGUAAUUGUGCAGCUCUUACACAACAUAUCAACAGCAAUAUGGACAGGUGUUGAUGAGGCAAAGAUGCAGAGUUAUAGCACCAUAGCCAACCACAUUCUUAACAGCAAAAGCAUCUCCAACUGGACUUUCAUCCCUGACAGAAACAGCAGCUAUAUCCUGCUACACUCAGUCAACUCCUUUGCAAGAAGGCUAUUAAUAGAUAAACAUCCUGUUGACAUAUCAGACGUCUUCAUUCAUACUAUGGGCACCACCAUAUCUGGAGAUAACAUUGGAAAAAAUUUCACUUUUUCAAUGAGAGUUAAUGAUACCAGCAGUGAAGUCACUGGGAGACUGUUGAUCAGUAGAGAUGAACUUCGGAAGGUGCCUUCCCCUUCUCAGGUCAUCAGCAUUGCAUUUCCAACUAUUGGGGCUAUUUUGGAAGCCAGUCUUUUGGAAAAUGUUACUGUAAAUGGGCUUGUCCUGUCUGUCAUUUUGCCCAAGGAACUUAAAAGAAUCUCACUGAUUUUUGAAAAGGUCAGCAAGUCAGAGGAGAGGAGGACACGGUGUGUUGGCUGGCACUCUAUGGAGAACAGAUGGGACCAGCAGGCCUGCAAAAUGAUUCGAGAAAACCCCCAGCAAGCUGUUUGCCAAUGUAGGCCAAGCAAGUUGUUUACCUCUUUCUCAAUUCUUAUGUCACCUCACAUCUUAGAGAGUCUGAUCCUGACUUACAUCACAUAUGUAGGCCUGGGCAUUUCUAUUUGCAGCCUGAUCCUUUGCUUGUCCAUUGAGGUCCUAGUCUGGAGCCAAGUGACAAAGACAGAGAUCACCUAUUUACGCCAUGUGUGCAUUGUUAACAUUGCAGCCACUUUGCUGAUGGCUGAUGUGUGGUUUAUUGUGGCUUCCUUUCUUAGUGGCCCAAUAACACACCACAAGGGAUGUGUGGCAGCCACAUUUUUUGUUCAUUUCUUUUACCUUUCUGUAUUUUUCUGGAUGCUUGCCAAGGCACUCCUUAUCUUCUAUGGAAUCAUGAUUGUUUUCCAUACUUUGCCCAAGUCAGUCCUGGUGGCAUCUCUGUUUUCAGUGGGCUAUGGAUGCCCUUUGGUCAUUGCUGCCAUCACGGUUGCUGCCACUGAACCUGGCAAAGGCUAUUUACGACCUGAGGCCUGCUGGCUCAACUGGGACAUGACCAAAGCCCUCCUGGCCUUUGUGGUCCCAGCUUUGGCCAUCGUGGUAGUAAACCUGAUCACAGUCACACUGGUGAUUGUCAAGACCCAGCGAGUUGCCAUCAGCAAUUCCAUGUUCCAGGAAGUGAGAGCCAUUGUGAGAAUCAGCAAGAACAUCGCCAUCCUCACACCACUUCUGGGACUGACCUGGGGAUUUGGAGUAGCCACUGUCAUCGAUGACAGAUCCCUGGCCUUCCACAUUAUCUUCUCCCUGCUCAAUGCAUUCCAGGGCUUCUUCAUCCUAGUGUUUGGAACCAUCCUGGAUCCAAAGGUAAGAGAAGCCUUAAAGGGUCGAGUAGCCUCUGCAAAAAGGAGCUCCAGAAUAUCAGAGAAUGCUUCUUCUGAAUUAUCUUGUCAUCCCAUCAAAGGCCCAACUUAACAAACCAGGCUACAUCCCUAACCUGGGAG